UAAUGUCUACAAUUCACAGCAGCAAACAUUUUAUGGACUUUUAUUAUGAAAAAUAAGACUCACUUCCUGGUCUCCAAUGUUUAACAGUGUUGAAGUAAUGGUCGCGUGGGGCAACGAGGACUUCAUCUGGUGUAAACGGUGCAAACAAGAGAAAGUAAAAGAAGCAGAUGAUCUCUCAGCGUCAUCAUAAUCUUUGAAGAACUGUAUAAAUGGCGAAUAUUACUGAUGAUGCACAAGCAGAACUGGACUCAGUGGAAGCAGAGUUGGAGAUGCUGGAACUGCAGAUCUCUGAGCUGCUGGAGAAACAGACAAAGCUGAACUCCAGGAAAAACAAACUCUUGAAGAUCCUGGAGGGAGCCUGCAGCUCGACACAGCCCUCCGGUUCCAGCAAAGCUCCUAAACCCUCAUUCAGCAAACAGGACCUACAGCACUAUGAGGAGUCAGAUUUCUCAUGGUCUAAAGAAGUUCAGGCAAAGCUGUGUAGUGUGUUCCAGAUCUCCAAAUUUCGUCCCCUGCAACAGGCGGCCAUCAACCUUAGCAUGUCAGGGAAAGACCUUUUCCUGGUAAUGCCCACCGGAAGAGGGAAAAGCCUGUGUUUCCAACUUCCAGCUCUCUGCUCUAAGGGUUUUACGUUAGUUAUCGCCCCGCUGGUGUCUCUGAUGGAGGAUCAACUGAUGUCUCUGAAGUCCAAAAAUGUCUCGGCGGUAACUCUUAAUGCCUCCAGUACAAAGGAGGACUCUAAGCGGGUCCUGGCAGGGAUGAUCGAUAAAGACAGCCCUUUCAAGUUGCUUUAUGUUACCCCCGAGAAAAUUGCCAAGAGCAAACUACUGAUGUCCAAACUCGAAAAGGCCUAUAAGAUGGGUCUGCUGGCACGCAUCGCUGUGGAUGAAGUUCACUGCUGCAGUCAGUGGGGGCAUGACUUCAGACCUGAUUACAAGCUCCUGGGUAUCCUAAAGCGCCAGUUCCCCAAUGUCCCAUUGGUCGGACUGACUGCCACCGCAACCAGUAACGUUCUUAAAGAUUGCCAGAAGAUACUAUGCGUUCAGGAACCCAUCACUCUGACGGCACCUUUCAACAGACCAAACCUUUACUACGAGGUUCGUUUUAAAGAAAACAUAGACUGUACCGACCAAAUUGCAGCAUUGAUCAGGGGAAGAUACAAAAACCAGUCAGGAAUCGUGUAUGUGUUCUCUCAAAAGGAUGCAGAAGUUGUGGCUACGGACCUGCAGAAGAGGGAUAUUCUUGCUCAGCCUUACCACGCCAACAUGGAGCCUUCAGAUAAAUCUCUGGUGCAUCAGCGGUGGUCCUCCAAGAAGAUCCAGGUGGUCGUUGCCACUGUGGCUUUUGGAAUGGGCAUUGACAAGGCUGAUGUGCGAUUUGUUAUCCAUCACACCCUCAGCAAAUCUAUUGAGAAUUAUUAUCAGGAGAGUGGACGUGCAGGAAGGGAUGAUGCCCCAGCAGAUUGUAUCGUGUUCUUUGGGUUUAUGGAUAUCUUCAGAAUAAGCACAAUGGUUGUGAUGGAAAAUACUGGGCAGCAGAAGCUACAGAAUAUGAUAGCAUAUUGUCAAAAUGUGGACAGGUGUCGCCGUGCUAUGAUGGCCGUUCAUUUUGACGAAGUUUGGGAUGAUGAUGAAGAGUGCAACCAAAUGUGCGACGUCUGUCGUCACGGCAGUGACUACAUCACUAUGGACAUCACUCAGCAUGCUCGAGACGUUGUUGAGAUAGUAGAAAUGGCCAGCUCUAUGGAUGAAAAACUGACCCCUCUAAAAGUCUGCGAGGCUUGGAUGGGCAAAGGGCCCGCUAAGCGGCGCAAAACGAUAAAGGUCACGUCCUUGUCACGCUUGGAGGUGGAGUCCAUUAUCAUCCACCUUUUGUUGCAUGGCUACUUCAGUGAGGACUUUAGCUUCACUCCCUACACAACCCACUUCUACUUGAAGUUGGGCCGUAAGGCAUCUCUCUUGAAGAGCGGCGGUCACUCAAUCACUAUGAAGAUGAGGAGAGUGGUGUCACCUGCUACCGUAAAGAAAGUGUCAGAAAGUGCCGGGGAGAAAAGUAGUACCAAAGUAGAAGGAAAAAGACCGGCUGACAGUGACUACAAAAAAUCAGUGGCCAAGAAAGUCAAGACUCUUCCCUAGUCCGUAAGGAGAAGAAAGCAAAAGAUGAUCAAGCAGUUGAUACACAAGAGGAAGCAGAGAUCGAUGUGUCCAAUAUGGCCAUUGAGGGACAAAGCAAAACUAAAAUCUUUAAGAAUCACCAAAACAUAGAGAAGAGACUCGCUCAAAACCACAUUGAAAGUCUUGUUUCAGAAGCAAGCGAGUAUGUAAAGCCAGCCUCCGUAUUUGAGGUUGAUGUUGAGGUCAAUCUUGUACAAGCACAGAAUUGUGCAAGUGAAAAAGAAAAGGGUCUUAAAAACGACCCCGUACAGCUGAAAAAGAGGCAAAAACCACUGCCAACCAACAGUGCUGCUAAUGCCAACCAAGCGAGAGCCAAUCUGGUUAGCACUCCUUCUGAGCUAUCUAUCAUCUCUUCAGCUGCCGUGGAGGAACUACACCAUCUGCACAGUUACUAUAACAAACAGUUAAGAAGAAUCGACUACAUUUCCCAAGAGCAUUUGGAAAGCUCCCAGCCUGGGAUGCUGACUUGUAUGAGUGAACCCUUCAAAAGCCUCCGUUUCCCUUCGAGGACGACCAUAUCCAGAGGUGCCAGGAAUUUAUGGACUCGUGUUAGUAUGAGGAGAAAGCUCAUACAGUGAAUUAUGUUUACUUUCUAAUUUCUGUUCUGCAAACUUGACCUUAAUUGUUCAAUAGUUUGAAUAUGUAAAUAAUCUUUUUGUUAAAUAAACACAUUUGGAGGGUUC